CCGAUCAUGUCAUGAUUUGAAGCUUAUUUCCCACGAACGAGACAAACAACACACAGGAGAAACGUGACGGGGCUGGACCUUCAUUAUAAUAAUCUGUACACGUGUCGUUCUCUUGACCAAUGAACAAGAGAGGAGGCGGAAAAUUGUCGCGUGUACUGUGACUGCUCUCAAUCUGAAACUUCAGAGAGAGGCGUAAUGUGACCGCUGGACGAUUGGAAACUGGCAUUUUUGGACGAUCAUUAACUUCCGUUGGAUAUCUAGGAUGGACUAAAUCGCAACUAUGGUGGUGAAUUCUGUGCAUUGGUUUCGCAAAGGGCUCCGACUUCACGAUAAUCCGGCUUUGCAGGAAGCUCUCAAUGGCGCGGAUACUGUACGCUGUGUUUAUAUUUUGGACCCGUGGUUCGCGGGUUCUGCUAACGUUGGAGUCAACAGAUGGAGGUUUUUACUGGAAUCCUUAGAAGAUUUGGACACAAGUUUGAGAAAACUGAACUCAAGGCUCUUUGUGGUACGGGGGCAGCCUACAGAUGUCUUCCCCAGACUCUUCAAGGAGUGGAAUGUCACACGUCUUACGUUUGAGUAUGACCCGGAGCCUUAUGGGAAAGAAAGAGAUGCAGCCAUCAUCAAAAUGGCACACGAGUAUGGAGUGGAAACCGUGGUACGAAAUAUUCACACACUCUACAAUCCCGACAGGAUCAUAGAAAUGAACAACCACAGCCCUCCCCUCACUUUCAAGAGAUUUCAAGCCAUCGUAAACAGACUCGAACUCCCCAGAAAGCCCCUCCCGACCAUCACUCAAGAACAGAUGGCCAGGUGCCGGACGCAGAUCUCCGACAGUCACGAUGAGCGCUACGGCGUCCCGUCCCUUGAGGAGCUGGGUUUCAAGACUCGAGCUGACAGCCCGCAUGUGUGGAAGGGAGGUGAAACUGAAGCCCUUGAGAGACUCAAUAAACACUUAGACAGAAAGGCUUGGGUAGCAAAUUUCGAGAGGCCUAGAAUAAGCGGUCAGUCACUGUUCGCCAGCCCGACCGGCCUCAGUCCUUACCUACGAUUCGGCUGUCUGUCUUGUCGCAUGUUUUACUACAAUCUGCGUGAACUUUAUAUGAAGCUACGGAGACGCUCCAGUCCCCCUCUCUCGCUCUUCGGUCAGCUGCUAUGGCGAGAGUUUUUCUACACGGCGGCCACCAACAACCCAAACUUUGACCGAAUGGAGGGAAACCCAAUCUGCGUGCAGAUCCCGUGGGAUCACAACCCUGAGGCGCUGGCGAAGUGGGCCGAGGGUCGGACGGGGUUCCCGUGGAUCGAUGCCAUCAUGACCCAGCUCAGACAGGAGGGCUGGAUCCAUCACCUGGCUCGGCACGCUGUGGCUUGUUUCCUCACUCGUGGAGAUCUGUGGAUCAGUUGGGAGAGUGGAAUGAAGGUAUUCGAGGAGCUGUUGCUGGACGCAGACUGGAGCGUGAACGCGGGCAGCUGGAUGUGGUUGUCCUGCAGUGCGUUCUUUCAGCAGUUCUUUCACUGUUACUGUCCCGUGGGCUUCGGUCGCAGGACGGAUCCCAGCGGUGACUACAUCAGGAGGUACAUCCCAAAGUUGAAAGACUUUCCCAACCGCUACAUUUACGAGCCGUGGAACGCUCCCGAAUCUGUACAGAAGGCGGCCAACUGCGUUGUGGGUGUGGACUACCCCAAACCCAUGAUCAACCACGCCGAGAGCAGCCGCCUAAACAUUGAACGCAUGAAGCAGGUUUACCAGCAGCUCUCACACUACAGAGGCCUUAGUUUGCUCGCCUCUGUCCCGACAAUCCAGGAAGAGGCGGAGCCUCCAAUGUCUGAUGACUCUCAGGCCAGCAGUAGCACUGGGGGUCAAGCAUCAACCCCCUCCUCACACCAGCCCGCCCCGGCACCAUCAUCCCCACCUUAUUCCGAGACCUCGAGUCCCACAGCGGCGGCCUCCGCCCCCCACGCCCAGAGGAAAAGGGUUCGACCCUCUGAGCUCCCGGGCAAACAGAAGUCAAAAGUCAAGCACACCAGCCAAACCAAAGGAGUAGAGAUGACGACAGAGGAAAUCCAGUGACCACAGGUUCGAACUGCUUUGGCAGUGAAAUACCAGAAGGAAUUGGAGGAAUCUCCCUCCCUAAAUCAUCCUGAAACGAGGAAAAGUGCAAAAUGGCGCCACCUUCUGCAGUAGAACAGAAACUGCACAAUAAUAAAAUAAUGUAACUAAAGCUGCACUUCUGCUGCAACUUGUCAUACAUGGAGAGAGGGCUUCAGCUUUUCUUAGAGGAUGGUUUGAAUAUUUCCUUUUUUUUAUUAACCCUGAUUGUAACAAGAAAAAGAUCUGAAUCAGAUUGUAAAGAAAUUGUUCUCCCUGAUACGGACUACCGGCACAUCCGGGAACUUGACUGUAAAUUUCGUCACCGCCCCUUUUUGGGGGAAAUAAACCAGACCUUCCGUUGACUUCCAUUCAAAAUGGUGGAACAAAGCAACGUUUUACACAGCUGGCAGGCGUAAUUAACUUAUGAAAUCACUCAGAUUAAACAUGUUGAGUAAUUAUCUGUCCACCCUGUCUGCCAUAGAGAGCGAAAGAUAUAUUAACACAUUUAAUUUGGUCAAUAUAAAAGCAUGUUCCUUUCAUUCUCCCAGCGUCAAAUUUGUGUAACUAGAAAAUCACUAAGGUUAGUUGUAUGGCUGGACGGAAAAGUGCACUCAGUACUCUAAAUAUAAAGACAUAAUAUAUAAAUACGAAGUAACUUUCAAAUACGAAGUAAAAUCAUUCACUUGCUUCCCUGUUGACUCGAUGAGGUACAAGUAAAUGUCCGGGUAAGACACCUCUGGCCAAUAGGGAGCGUUGUUACACAAAUUUGACCCUCUAUGUUUUUAUAUUGACCAAAUUAAAUGUGUUAAUGUAUCUUUCGCGCUCUAUGGCAGGCAGGAUGGACAGAUAAUUACUCAACAUGUUUAAUCUGAGAGAUUUCAUAAGUUAUUUACGCCUGCCGGCUGUGUACGAGCGUUGCUGUGUUCCGCUAUUUUGAAUGGAAGUCAAUGGAAGGUCUGGUUUAUUUUUCCCCAAAAGUGGGCGUGAACCUGUUCAGAGACAUUAUAUGACGUUGCGCCGGUUGUGUGUAUAUAAAAAUUGACAUUCAGACUCAUCUCAUGUUUUCCACAUGGAAAGCACACAAUGUGAAAUGUCUACUGGUUGCUUAUUUCUAUACAGUUACAAUAAAUGGACUGGAGCUUUUAGGAAGGAAGUAAAAGUAUAAUAAAUGGAUGUAAAAUUAUCAUCGCAAUAUGACUUUUGAAUUCAUGCAAUAGCUUUUUUUGAGGAACAAACUUAUUAAAUCAGCAUUCACUGUAACUGCAUGGAAAAAACUAUCAGUAGCUUACUUUUCGGAAAAAAAAUGUGUAGUUCAUGGAAGAAAGUUAGAUAAGAAUCAGUGAUUGCUAUUAUACAUCUAUAAAUGCCAUUGUAUAACACUACCUAGCAUAAGUAAGAAAACUAAUGGAUAUUGCACUUGCUAUUGAACAUUUAGAUUACUGAGCAUUUUACUGACAGUAUUCAUGAAAUCUAGCCAAAUAUUAUGGAUUGGUAUAAAUAUUGGUAUAUCAAUAUUUAUAUAGCAUAUUGGUAUAAAAACAUCAUAAAUACGUGGUGAAUUAUUGAGUGUAAUAUGGCCUGACGUGGUCUUACCACGUGUAUUGGUAGUCGUGAUUAUAAUGGCUUGCAAACCACAACCAACUAGUUCUCACAAGCAAUGAAAAAUGUAAUUCCUUUGGUUUCUGGUUUAGUAAUUACUCCCUAUAAAUGUAUUCUUUGUAAACAUAGCGCAAACAUUUUGUUGGCUCUGGCUGCUCUUACGUUUUCAAAUUCUAUCAUAUUCAGCGUGAUUUAUUUACCAAAUAAUAAUAAUUUGAAAUUCUACAUUCCACUACAUGUUAAUUCGCAAUAAUAUUAACAAAUGAUUUAUUUGUAGCGAUGUGGAACAGCUUUAUUUAUUUUUGUCCCUUUUUCGUUUUUGUAUUGUAUAAUAGAGUUUAUUUUCUUUAAAAGACGGAUGGGAUUGUUUAAGCUGUUCUGUUCGUAGUGACUAAUUUAUUGAAGCAUUUUCACCGCAUGCAUCUGCCAGCGACAAACGAAAUGUUUCUGCGGUAUAUUGCAUCUACAAUAUUUUGCUGUAGAAAACCAAUAUAUGAAAAUAAAUUUCUUAAACCUAUGUGAAA